UGAAGUAAAGUAAGCACCCAGGCACACAAGAAUGAGUAUAGCCUAUCAUUUGUAUUUGACUUGAAUAGUCCUGCGCCUGAAGUCUCGUCAAAAUGCCACGAACUUGGACGACUGCCUUGUUUAAGCUGCUAAGUAUAAAAAGAUUUUGGCAAGGACAGGGGCAUAAGAUAGUGACCCUUCCUCUGCUCUGUUCCCCUGAUAUCAUUUUAGAACCCGGGAGUGGGAACCGCAGACAUGGUGAAGAUUGAGUUUGCACCCUUGAAUAUCCCGCUCAAUCGACGUUUCCAGACAGCUGCAGUUCUUCAAUGGGUCUUCUGCUUUCUCUUUGGAGCGCAGUGUUGUUUUUGUGUGUACGUUGUGAUCGUGUUGAAUGGAUACUGGCACGUGGCUGCUCUGUAUGCCCUGUGGCUCUACCUGGACUGGGACACACCUCAGGCUGGGGGCCGCAGGUCUGACUGGGUACGCCACUGGACCGUGUGGAAACACUUCGGAGACUAUUUCCCCAUCCAUCUGAUUAAGACAUGUGACCUAGACCCAGAGAGGAACUACCUGAUGGGUUUCCAUCCUCAUGGAAUCCUGGUCGCCGGAGCAUUUGGGAAUUUCUGUACUGAAUACACAGGCUUCCGGGAGCUCUAUCCAGGAAUGACUCCUUACCUGCAUACCCUCGGCAUCUGGUUCAGCUUCCCAUUCUUCCGGGAGUAUCUCAUGUCCUCAGGGGUUGUCUCUUGUUCCAAGAAGAGUCUUACCCACGUGUUGAGCCAGAAGGGAGGGGGAAACGUGUCAAUCAUAGUGAUUGGUGGGGCGGCAGAGUCCCUGGAGGCCAGGCCUGGGAGCCUCGUCCUGGAGGCCCUCAACAGGAAGGGCUUCGUCAAGAUUGCUCUCAGGUGUGGAGCUCAUCUGGUGCCAGUGUUCUCCUUUGGGGAGAAUGAUCUGUUUUAUCAGCUGAAGAACCCAAAGGGCUCCCUGGUCCGUACCAUCCAGGAGUGCAUGAGGAAGACCCUGGGCUUCAGUUUGCCUCUGUUUCAUGCCCGGGGGGUUUUCCAGUACAGCUUGGGCUUCAUGCCCUUCAGACAACCCAUUUACACCAUCGUGGGAGAGCCCAUAGUGGUGGAAAGGAACGUGAGCCCCUCGUCUGAUGAGGUGGACAGGCUGCAUGGCUGUUACCUGGGGGCGCUGGCUAAGCUGUUUGAGCAGCACAAGGCUGAGUACGGGAUCCUAGAGAACCAGCACCUCAUCUUCACCUGAUCAGACCAGAUAAGCUCAGAUAGCACUACACUGUAGGAUUGGACCAUUAAACCAGCUCCUGACCCAUAAACACUGAUACAGACAUUCAAACAAACAUAAUGCAAACAUGCAUAUAAGCACACACAGAAAAUGGACACAUGUGCAUACUUGCACACACAUAUUGUGCAGCGCAUUCACAAAGUACUCAGACCCCUUGACCUUUUCCACAUUUUGUAACUUUACAGCCUUAUUCUAAAAUUGAUUGAAUA